AAAACAAACCUCCUCCUCCUGCAUCAUUUUUUUGCCUCAUGCCGCCCAUUCAUUCCCCAUUUGAAAAGAGCGAAACUUUCCGCUGAUUUCACCUUCGAAAUCGCAACCCACUUCAGCAAAAAACCCUCCUCGAAUGCCAUCGUCGACCUCUCUCAAUUUCCGUUCUCUCUCGAUAGCAGGAGCUUUGUGAUGCCGCCGGAAUCGAGGGACAGGCUCGUGAGGGUGGUAGAUGUGGCCGCGGUGUACGCUCGAAGGCGAGCGGGUAUACUUGGAGCGCUUGAAAACGAGCCGGAGUUGGGUUCGAAUCUCUUCGAACCCAUGGUGGCGCGGCGAACGGCUGGAGUCGUGGGAGCACGGGCGCCGGUGGGAUUGGGCCGCGGUGGUGCGGUUGGCCGGGCCGUUUUGGGGACUCCAAGAAAUGUGAUCGGGCGUGGCAGGAAUCUGUUUGCGAGUCCGUUGGUGGGAAGGGAGAGUACGCCCUUGCCCGGUAGCACAAGGAGAGGCCGGGGGCGUCAGGACAGUGUUUUGCCUCCUUGGUACCCGAGGACACCACUGCGCGAUGUGACAUCUGUUGUGAGGGCGUAUGAAAGGAGAAGGGCUCGGCUUUUAGAGACUGAAGGGCGUCAAGCAGAUAGUCCUGCAACCACUGAACUGAGCAUCGGUGAAUCUUCUGUACCACGCGUGCGUGCUCCCCUCGAGCACGACAUUUCUCUGCACACCCCUGGUCCAGCAGUUGCAGAAAAGCCUCGCCCGCUUUCUGUAGGCAAAGUGCCGAAGAUACUGCUCGACAUUACCAACCAGACUCGUGCUGCCGACUCAGAGUUCCUCACACCCCAGAAGAAGCUUCUGAAUGAAAUCGACACAGUCGAAAAAGUGGUAAUGGAUGAACUAAGGAGGCUCAAAAGGACACCGGCAGCUAAAAAAGCAGAGCGCCAAAAGCGAGUUCGUACACUGAUGUCGAUGCGAUGAUGCAUCGCCAUGAUUCUGGACUACAGAAGACUUAGACAGGCCUUAGCACAUUUAGAUCAAUAAUCGGUUGAAAUAGUCCUUAUUGGUGGAAGAUCUAGUUCACCAUUUUUUUCUUUUACCCCUUUAGCCUCUAGCUGAAGAUCUUGGUAUAGGAUCAGUAGGCAUUUUUCUGUCAACAAGUUGCUGAAGAUCUUGGCAUAGGAUCAGUAGGCACCCUGAGUCAGUCUUUUUUUCAUUUUCUGGAAGGCCUUUUGUGAGCUCCAUGGCGAUGUUUCUGAAACACAAUGUACAUAAGAGAACUCACGUGUUUGAUUGUUUGCUCGAGGUCUGUCUGCAUACUUUUGGGCAUCUGCAUAAAUAGAAUCCAAGCAUCAUUUUUACUAAAUGAGAGUUCUCUUCUGACAGUUCCCUGGAUAGAUGGC